AUGUGCACGCCGUGUUGUUUCUCGCAGCUGGCCUGCUGCUGUGGCUCCGCAGCCUGCUCCUGCUGCUGUAAAUGUUGCCCCAACAUCAAACAGUCGACUGGAACACGCUUCAUGUACGCGCUCUUCUUCCUGUUGGUCACCGUCACCUGUGUGGUCAUGAUGUCACCCACCGUGGAGGAAGCCCUGAAAGACAUUCCCUUUUACAGUGAACUCUGUGAAAAGCUGAACGCGGGUAAGAACUGCCAGACCCUAGUUGGUUAUUCUGCGGUUUACAAGAUGUGCUUUGGGAUGGCCUGCUUCUUCCUAUUUUUCACCUUUUUCACCCUACGUGUAAACGACAGCACUGGCUGCAGGGCAGCUAUACAUAAUGGGUUUUGGCUGAUAAAGUUCAUUGUGCUGGUGCUGUGUUGUGCUGGAGCCUUCUUCAUUCCUGAACAGGAAAAGUUUCUUGAAGUGUGGCGUUAUGUGGGAGCUAGUGGAGGUUUUUUAUUCCUCCUGAUUCAGCUCAUGCUGUUGGUUGAGUUUGCACACAGGUGGAACACAAACUGGAGUUCAGGGGUGAAGUACAAUCGCCUGUGGUAUGCCGCCUUGGCCUUUGUGACGCUGAUGCUGUUCACUGCUGCUGUUGGAGCUGUGGUCUUCCUGUGGCUCUUCUACACUCAUCCUGAGGCCUGUUUCCUCAACAAAAUCUUUCUAGGCAUAAAUGGAAGUCUUUGCCUCAUUAUCUCCUUGGUGGCCAUCUCCCCUUGCAUACAGAAAUUGCAACCCACAUCCGGCCUGCUGCAGCCUGGAGUCAUCAGUGUCUAUGUGAUGUACCUCACUUUUUCAGCCUUCUCCAGUAAACCAAAAGACAUCCUGGAGAUUGAUGGGAAAAACCAAACCGUUUGUGUAUUUGGAUUCUCUAGCUCCGAGGGUGACAGGAAGAUCGUCACUGGAAUUGGAACCGUUAUUCUGUUUGCCUGUGUCCUCUACUCUUGUUUAACUUCCACCACAAAGAGAACCUCUGCUGCGCUGAGAGUUUACAGGAACAGUGAACCAGAGAAUGAGAGAGCUCGUUGCUGCUUCUGUCUGGGAGAUGACUCUGAUGAGUUUGAUGAGGAGAAAAACGGCACAGGCCAGAACGUGAUGUAUGACGAGCGUGAGGGCACCAUCUACAGCUACUCCUACUUCCACUUUGUCUUCUUCCUCGGCUCUCUGUACGUUAUGAUGACAGCCACCAACUGGUUUCACUUCGAUGGCCACAAUGUGGAGAAGCUGCUGGACGGCAGCGUGUCUGUGUUCUGGAUAAAGAUGGCCUCCAGCUGGGUCUGCCUGCUCCUUUACAUGGGGACCCUCAUUGCCCCCAUGAUCUGCCCAAAACGCUUCGAAGCCUAG